AUGGCCCCCUCUACCCCGUCAACGCCGCACGGGCGGCUUGGAAGUGAGGGGUCGCCCGCGCCAACGUCUGCUGCUCCAGGAUCAUACACUUUAGCGGACGUCACGCCGGGAGUCAAGAUCUUCGUCUCCAAACCCCUCCACAACGGCACAUUCGAGCAACGCAAAGCCGAGAUCCUCUCCACACGCGCCAAACCCCCUCCAUCCGCUUUUGCCCCUCCUCCUGCCGCCGAUGCCCCACCACCGGACGCUCGGGACGACACGGAAUACUAUGUCCACUACGUCGAGUUCAAUAAACGGCUGGACGAGUGGGUCGGCGGGUCCCGGCUGGUGACUGACCGGGAGCUCGAGUGGCCCAAGCCAAAAGAAGACGGCGGGAAGAAGACAAAGGCUCCCGCAGCGCCGGCGGCCUCAGGGGGUAACACACCGCUCGGGAGGAAGGGGACGCCAUUACCUGGCUCGGCGAGCCUGUUGAAGAAGGCGGCGAGGAAGGCGGCGUCGCAGGUGGCGAUCAAGAAUACGGGGACUGCUACCGGGAAGGAUGCGCCUGCGCCUACAUUGAAGCGCGGGCGGUCGGACGCGGAUGUCAUGACGGACGGCGGGGACGACGAGGACGAGGACGAGGAUGCUGAGGGGGAGAGUAUCGCCAUCGCUUCUCCGGACGCGGAGGGGGAAAUUGACCUCUCAGCGCCGUCCAAUCCCAAAGCGGCCCCUCCCGUCUUCAGCAAAAAGCAGGAGAUUGAGAAACUCCGGACGUCGGGAUCCAUGACGCAGAGUCACUCGGAGAUCUCGCGUGUCAAGAACCUCAACAAGCUUCAAAUUGGCAAACACGAGGUCGAAUCCUGGUAUUUUUCCCCCUAUCCCGCGGAAUACGCCCACCUCCCAAUCCUCUACCUAUGCGAAUUUUGCCUCCUCUACUACCCCUCCUCCACCCAGCUUCGGCGGCAUCGGACCAAAUGCACCCUCCUCCAUCCCCCCGGCAACGAAAUCUACCGCCACGACAACAUCUCCUUUUUCGAGAUUGACGGGCGGCGGCAGCGCACAUGGUGUCGGAACCUGUGCCUCAUAUCGAAAUGCUUCCUCGAUCACAAGACGCUAUACUAUGAUGUCGACCCGUUCAUGUACUACUGCAUGACGGUCAAGGACGAGUAUGGGUGUCAUCUCAUCGGCUACUUUUCAAAAGAAAAGGAGUCGACAGAGGGGUACAAUGUCGCCUGUAUCUUGACGCUCCCGCAGCAUCAGCGCAAGGGGUACGGGCGGCUCCUCAUCGAGUUCUCGUACGAGCUGUCAAAGCGGGAGAACAAGCUGGGGAGCCCAGAGAAGCCGCUCAGUGAUUUGGGGCUGUUGGGGUAUAGGGCGUACUGGCAGGAGAAGAUUGUCGAGUUGUUGCUGGAUAGCGAGGACGAGAUUAGCCUGGAUGAGGUGGCGCACCGGACAAGCAUCACACAUGGGGAUAUCAUGCACACGUGCCAAGCGAUGCAGAUGAUCAAAUACUAUAAAGGAACGCACAUCCUCCACCUCACCGACGCCGUGCUCGAACAGCACCAAAAGACGAUGGGCAAGCAACGGCAGAGUAUCAACUCAAACGCAGUACGGUGGAAACCGCCAACUUUCACCAGAUCGCAACUCGCAUUUGGUUUCUAG